AUAACCUGUCAAUAGUAAGGUGCGGUAUUUUGAAAAUCUUAAUUCAAGAUGGCGCCAUUGAAGCCGGAAGUGGUUUUAAAUAUUAUUUUGUGAUUUUGUCGUCUGAGCGCCUAAACUGAUCCAUACCCUGUUGGCAAAGUAAUGGGGAAGAGAAAGCGUGGGGGUGACACUGAAGAAGUUGAUGACGGCAUUGAUCCUUCUGAAGAUGAGGCCACACCAGUCCGAGUUACACGCAGGUCAAUAGUAAACCCUCCACCUGCUGUGACUCCAGAAACACCAAACAAAAAGAGAAGGAAGAUUUCAGAGUCAGCAGUGUCUAGUAAAGAAGUAACCGAACACAACUCUGAAGUCGACUCUGAAUCUGAGGAAAACACUGUAACAAAAAGAAAGACAAGAUCCAAAGUGAAAGAAUCUCCAGUACCAGAAACAAAUCCCUCCAGAGCAAAAUCACCGAACAGCGAGAGAGCUAUUGGAAAGAACAAAACAGAACCAACUAAUAAGGCAGAUCUGGUGUCUGAAUCGGACACUGAAUCUUUGAAGAACAAAUCUAAGAAAUCUAAAGACUCAAAAACUGUGAGAGAUAGCGACACAGAUGACAAUGAGGGUCAUAGUGAGAGAAACUCUAACAAAACUGGUAAAAGUAGUGGUAAAGGAAAAGGGAAGUGUGGCAAAGCGGCGAAAGGCGUUCGAACUGGAAAGUCGGGAAAAGCCAUUGCGAAGAAAUCCAAAGCAGAAGAUUCUGAGGAUAUGUCACCAUGGGUGGAAAAGCGUGCGACGCCGUCCUUAGAUUAUAAUGAGACCAAUGCUAAGUGUCCACUACCUGGCUGUGAUUCUAAAGGUCACUUGACUGGCAAACAUGACAGUCACAGGACAUUGUCAGCCUGUCCCCUCUACCACAACACAACAGCAGAGGCUUGUAAGGAGCGUCAUGAUGAACGCCAGAAGAUAACUGAGGAACGACAGUCUUUCAUAGCUGGACUCACAGACAGGAAAGGCUUACGACGGCAGCAUGCUAAUGAUGAACAGAAGGCGCGCCAGGACGUGAUAACAAAAGCGCGGGCGGACAUACCCGAGCUGUCGGAAGAUAUCAGGAAGGAGCACGAGAUUCACGCACAGAAAUACGAAAAGUCUCGUCAGCCGCUACUGAACGGUUUCGCGUCUGAUUACGAUCUUCAGCUGUUCCAAGACGCGCAGGCUCGAGCCUGUGAACAAAGGGAGCAUGAGAUGAGUGUUCACUACCAGAGGUUUGACAACCAGGAGUACCGCAUACGUCAGCUGGAGAUAGGCCGCUACGAGAUGGCUACAUGGUACUCCAGCCCCUACCCAGACGAGUACGCCCGCCUACCCAAGAUCUACCUGUGCGAGUUCUGUCUCAAGUACAUGAAGACAGCAACCAUCCUUAGACGGCAUGUGGCCAAGUGUGUGUGGAGACACCCGCCUGGAGAUGAGAUAUACAGAAAGGAAAAGAUCUCCAUCUUUGAGGUGGAUGGCAAGAAGAAUAAGGUUUAUUGUCAGAACUUGUGUCUGCUGGCAAAGUUGUUUCUGGACCACAAGACUCUGUACUUCGAUGUGGAACCGUUCUUGUUUUACGUCAUGACGGAAAACGACACGCAUGGCUGUCAUAUUCUAGGCUAUUUCUCAAAGGAAAAGAACUCAUUCCUGAACUACAAUGUGUCCUGCAUUCUCACCCUGCCACAGUACAUGAGGAAGGGAUACGGGAAAAUGCUGAUUGAUUUUAGUUACUUGUUGAGCAAGGCAGAGAACAAAAUUGGUUCCCCUGAGCGACCUCUGUCUGACCUCGGGUUGCUUAGUUACCGUAGUUACUGGAAGGACAUCCUCCUCGAGUAUUUACAUAAGUACAGUGGGGCAGAGUUCUGUAUAAAAGAUGUCAGCCAGGAGACAGCCAUCAACGCCAACGACAUUGUCAGCACAUUGCAGGCACUUGGAAUGCUGAAAUACUGGAAGGGAAAACAUCUUGUCCUGAAACGACAGGAUCUGAUAGAGGAGUAUCUGGAGCGAAGGGCCAAGCGUCCCGCAGACCAUCGUGACAUUGACCCCAACCAUCUCAAGUGGACCCCGCACAACAAGAGAUUGGCCCAGCAGAGUAUAUCCCAGCAGGCAUAGACCUCUUCAAACCAAAAGAACCGGAAGUCUGGGAUUGUUUGAAGCUUGAAAUGGUCUUAAGUCUGUUUUAACAGAGUUAAUAAACGUUUUAGGACUCGGAUAUGCUUUCUGAGGUGGUUUGUUGUCAAUUUGAAUAUCCAAUUAAAUGAAAGACUUUCCAUUCUAGAUUUAAUGUUUAAAUGCUUUAAUUCUCACUCUAAAAGACUGAUGAGCUGAUGACAAACUUGCAGUCUGCUACUGUUUUUACCUGUUUAACCUCUUUGCCACUUAGAUACGUAUUUUGACGCUUUUGUAGUGCCUUAGAAAGGUAAAUUAAGUUAAAGAUCUUUUAUACUAGAUUCAAGUUUUUAAGGCUUAAAUUUCAACUCUUAGAUACUGAUAGGCAGCAAACAGCAUAAAACCUGAACAGACUGCAAGUGCCUCGCUGGCUGUUCUGGUUUUAUGCUGUUUGCACAUGGCACUUUUAACUUUGCUUCUGAGUGGGAAAGGGUUAAGUAGAAAAAAGGGCUUAAUGCAGUGCAUAAAGUGUUGUCCCAGAUUAGCCUGUGCAAUGCGUACAGGCAAAUCAGGGACGACACUUUGCAAUUUCUUGUAUUUUUCGUUUAAAGGAUGUCUUCUUAGGAAAAAUCAAGUUUAGAAGGAAUGUAUCGUCUCUUAAUAGCCUGUGUGGACUGCACAGGCUAAUCUGGGAUGACACCUAACGCACAUGUGUUAGGCCCUGUUUUCUCUGAUUAAGGCUCUUUUUCUUUCCAAUGGAUCUUUCUGUUAAAAAUGCAAAAUUUUAACCUUUUGAUCAGUGCAAUACUAAUAGUUGAUGACUUUUUAUUGGCCUUGGUAUCGUUGUGUUAAGUGGUGAUACUUGUGAAGUAAAUGUACAAUAUUGUGUAUUUGGGUCUUGCCAAGUGUUUCCAUUUAAAGAAAGUAUAUGAUGAAUUUUGUAAAUAAUACAUGUAAGAACAUUUUACAAGAAUUGUCAUGUGAUCCGAUUGAUUAAAAUUUCGUGGAAAGAUGACUUAUGAACAAAUUGGUAUGUAAAUAAAGUCUGAUGAUGAUGCAUUAACUUAUUUAAGCGACUUGUUCACAGUUUGGUAAAAUGAACAUUUUUGUCCCCUACUGGUGAAACCGGAGGGGACUUAUGGUUUGCGUUCUGUGUGUCAGUCAGUCAGUCGGUCUGUCUGUCCCUCACACUUUUCUGGAUCCUGCAAUAACUUUAAUAGUUCUUCAUAUUUUUUCAUGAAACUUGAAACAUGGAUAGAUGGCAAUAUAUAGAUUAUGCACGUUAUUUCAUUUUGUUCCUACAUCAAGAAUUCUGGUUGCUAUGGUAACAAAUAAAAAAAUGAAAAAAAUCUGACAAUGGUGGAGUUUCACUGGUAGGGGACCAUAUUGCUUGGCAAUCUCUUGUUUAAAUUGUUGCAGAUUCAAACAAGAAUGUAUGCAUUAGAUUGAAACAAGAAUGUAUGCAUUAGAUUCAAACAAGAAUGUAUGCAUUAGAUUCAAACAAGAAUGUGUGCAUUAGAUUCAAACAAGACUGUAUGCAUUAGAUUCAAACAAGACUGUAUGCAUUAGAUUCAAACAAGACUGUAUGCAUUAGAUUCAAACAAGAAUACAUGCAUUAGAUUCAAACAAGAAUGUGUGCAUUAGAUUCAAACAAGACUGUAUGCAUUAGAUUCAAACAAGAAUGUAUGCAUUAGAUUCAAACAAGAAUGUAUGCAUUAGAUUCAAACAAGAAUGUAUGCAUUAGAUUCAAACAAGACUGUAUGCAUUAGAUUCAAACAAGAAUGUAUGCAUUAGAUUCAAACAAGAAUGUGUGCAUUUGAUUCAAACAAUAACGUAUGAAUUAGAUUCAAACAAGAAUGUGUGCAUUAGAUUCAAACAAAAAUGUACGCAUAAGAUUCAAACAAGAGAUACGCAUAAGAUUGAAACAAGAAUGUAUGCAUUUGAUUGGAACAAGGAGAAUUAUACUCCUGACUAAUAUUUGUUAAGUAUUUGUUCAUUUAUUCAUAAUCAUUAAUACAUUAGAAAUUCGAUAAUCAUAAAGCAUUUUCUACACGUUCCAUCUAUAAUUUAACAAUUGUGUAUUACCGGUACCUACUUUAGAACUAAACUACCAUAUAAGCAUCUUAGCUUUUGCUUCUUAAGGACCCGGCAUCAAACCCAAGGGCAGACACAUAUUCUUUCAUUUGAUAUUUUCACUUAUGAUUAUAAUUAUUCAAAACUUUUCUGUAUAUUACAGUUUUGUUAGUAAAUUAAUUUAAUGACAUUUUUCAAAUAUGAAAAACUGUGGACAAGGACCUUCAAAUUGUUUUCAUAUUUUUAUUUAUAUUCCUGUAAAGCUUUAACAAGUGCUUUUUGUGUAAUAUAUUUUAUUUUGAAAGUGUAGAAUGUUACCAUUUUACAGAUAUUACCAUCAUUAUGUAUUACACAUAACCAUACCUGAUGUUUAAGCGAUUUUUAGCUCGGCUGUUUUCGGAGAAAACCCGAGGUAUUGUCAUAGCCAGCUCGUCGUGUCGUCCACGUCGUGCUAAAACCUUUACAUUUUGUCAAGGUUUUGAACAUUGGCUCUAAAAUCAAAGUGCUUCAACCUACAAUUUUGAAAGUUGGUAUGUAGCUGCACCUUGAUUAGUUCUACAUGCCACACCCAUUUUUGGGUCACUAGGUCAAAGGUCAAGGUCACUGUGACCUCUAAAAAAAAUAAAAAAAAUUCUGACAAGCUUUCAUUUAUUCACAAUUGCACCCGCAGCCGAGCGUGGCACCCGUUAUGCGGUGCUCUUGUUGAGUACUAACAAGUGUGUUUCAAAUUCCUUAUUAAAGUGAACAUGCUGAGUGUUUAUUAAUGUCAUUUACAACUUGUGUGAAAAUAAAUUAAUUUAGUUUGCAUCGGAAAAUAAAAUGACGUCAUUUUAAAAUCAAUUUAAUUACCUUUCUUGUACAGUGGCUUUUAAAAUGCACAGUCUUCAAUUGAUGUAAGUUAAUUGAAACGUAGGCUGAAAAAAACACCCCUGUUCAUUGGUAGUUCAGAUGUAACUGCCAUGUAACAGAUACUUUGAUUGGCUAAGGCCAAAAAUAUACGUCCGUUUCUGGUCCCCUUGGGAAAAAAACAGGGUCGGUAGGUAGGGAUUUUUUUUCGGGUACUAAAAUGGAAGGCUACUAAAGCUUAUAAUAAGAAAUACAUUUAUAUAUAUGCUUUGUUUGCUUGAUAUUACAUCUUAUAUGAAAAUGGACGAAUUUUUUUUUUACCGACCCCAAUACAAAGUUGAGGGUUGGCGCCGAUUCGGGAGACACGGUCGGGCGACCCGAAACGGACCUAUUUUUUGGCCUAAUGUGAAUUUGAUUUUUAACAUACAAGCACGUUCAUUGGUCAAUUUUGGCUGAUGCGUGAACGUCAAUCAUCAUUACUACAAUGAACAGAACUGGAUGAUCCAGGAUGUAAGUAUUUAAUUCCAUGAACACACGCUUCUGUAAAAUUCAUCAUCUGUGACGUUUUUUUUUGGGGGGGGGCGUAAGUAAAUGCACAAAAUCCGAUAUUUACCGAGAUAUUAUCAUGCCAUUUUAUGUGUGUGCAUUUUGUGUUAUAACUUUUCUGCAAUGUCUGUUAUAUUUUGAAAAUCGUCAAUUAUUGAAAUAAAUAACCCAACUCUG